AUGGGCGCCGGGAUGUCAUAUAACGAGACACUGAUGUGAGCGAAUGGCGCUAAACCCGUGUAUACAGUGGUGGCCCCGAAGACGUUGCGGCCAAACGCCGAUUACCACAUCUAUGUCUCGUUAUAUGACAUCCCGGCGCCCAUCGAAGUGGAGGCCACUGUUAUCGGUGAGGCACACAGUGUGAGCACAGGUGCCGUUGUAUUCAAUAGGGAUGAGUCCAAAGUGCUAACCCUAGCGAUCAGCAAUUGGCCCGAAGGUAACAACUCGUGGAAAGGCCCGACCCAUAGGUUGCAGGUGAAGGGAAAGGGCGCUUACUUUACCACAAUCACCGAAAUGAAAGUAAAACGUGGACACAAUAUGCCAACCAUACCAACAAACGAGACAAUAUCUGAAGGCUUUAUAAAUGAAGUGACGCUUAACUAUGAGUCUAAAAGUGUGUCGGUAUUUAUUAAGACAGACAAAGCUAUUUACAAACCCAGAGAGAAAGUACAGUUGAGAGUAGUUGUGGUCACCCCAUCGCUGAGCUCCAAAAAUAAUAUCCCGAUUGAUAUCCAGAUUAAGGACGGUAGCGGAAAACGUGUCAUUGAAUGGACAAAACUGUAUGCGAGAAACGGUGUCAUCGCUGAAGAGCUGCAACUGUCGGGUCAGCCGGUGUUUGGCAACUGGACUAUCGUUGCCGCGGCGUUGGGACGCAACACAACGAAGACAUUCACUGUCGCCCACGAGUUGCCCACAUUUGACGUGGAGUUAGCAUUGCCAACGUAUGCGUCCAUUAAUCGGUCACAAGUGGUCGCAACUGUUAAAGCGUUUGAUACCAAUGGCAGGCCUGUUAAGGGUUACCUCACUCUUGAUGCCACUAAAUACCGUGUAAUAACCACGAUCGACGGAACUGCUACAAUACCCGUCCAUUUGGUGGAUGAGUUGCAAGUGGAGAUUGACCCACAUCGACUCUACUACCAGACAGGUAUUGAUAUUAAAUUUACCGCAAAAGUGAGGGACAGAUUGACGGGAAAACUGCACAACACAUCCAAUGUAAUAAAUGUAUACGAAAGGGAUUUGAAGGUAGAGUUGAUAAAGAUGUCGGAGACAUACAAACCGGGGCUGAAAUACACGGCUCUCUUCAAAGUGGUCACACAAGACGGCAAACCUGUGGCCGAUUACGGACCGCAACUGACAGUUAACUACGGCUAUUCAUGGGAUGAGAAGGAAUGGGCAGACAGUCCAUUGCUGUUGACGCCAAUCAAUGGACUCAUUAAAGUUGAUUUAUUUGUGCCUAAGGUUGGAGUCCUAUUGAAAUUUAAGGCAGAAUAUAUGGGACACAUUUACCUCACGGACACUGUCGCGAAGGCUGACUCCCCGUCCGGACACUAUAUGCAAGUGACCCGCGCGGACACAACCGACAUCACUGUCGGACAGGACGUGAAAUUCAUAGUGACUGCGACCGAACCUAUCAGACGAUUGGUAUGCGAAGUGAUGGGAAGAGGAGACAUAUUGUGGGCAAAGAGUUUGGACAUUCACACCAAUAUUAUGGACGGCUAUGAGUUCAGUAUCGCGACUGUCGGUCAAAUGGCGCAGUCGGCGAGAGUCCUGUGUCAUUACGUGCGACCCGACAACCAGGAAGUAGUGGCCGACGCUCUCAACAUUGCUGUGGCAUUGGUUCGGACGCCCGUCAGAGUGAGCGCCGGCAUCCGUGCGACCAAACCGGGAGCGAUGGCCGGCGUUCGGGCCGACGCUUCAGUCGCUAUACUGGGUGUCGAUUUGAACGGUGAGGAUGUGGUGAACGAACUGAAAGGUUACGACUACGACCCACGCCGUUGGUCGCGCCGGCGUGGGAUGGUAUCCGGAACGGCGACAGCAACCGAAGUGUUUGCCGAUUCCGGUGCUGUUAUGCUGUCCAAUGGUCUCAUACAUAAUACGCCACAAUAUUGUGAGUAUUUGACUGAUUUUCAAAUGAAUUGUGUGUCCAUUAUAUGA